AUGAAGCGGGUAAGAGAUGAUGUAUAUGCUUCUGGGUCUCAAUUUAAACGCUAUCCUUUGAGCUCUUCUCGACGCGAAUUAUAUGGACAAUCUCCGGUUCCCGGCAGUGGUGACACCGAAGAAGAAGGAGGAGGAGAGGAAGGGAGAAUCGCCUCUCAGAAAUUGACAACCAAUGAUGCCUUGUCGUACCUCAAGGAAGUAAAGGAGAUAUUUCAAGAUCAACGGGAGAAAUAUGAUAGGUUCCUUGAGGUUAUGAAAGAUUUUAAGGCUCAAAGGACCGACACGAGCGGUGUGAUUGCACGAGUCAAGGAAUUGUUUAAGGGACAUAACAAUCUAAUAUAUGGAUUUAAUACCUUCUUGCCAAAGGGAUAUGAAAUAACGUUUAUCGAGGAAGACGAAUCUCUGCCUAAGAAGACUGUUGAAUUUGAAGAAGCCAUCAAUUUUGUGAAUAAAAUUAAGACGCGAUUCAAGCACGAUCAACAUGUCUAUAAGUCUUUCUUGGAUAUUUUGAAUAUGUACCGAAAGGAGAACAAGGAAAUUAGUGAGGUUUACAAUGAGGUAUCUAUCCUUUUUGAGGGUCACUCAGAUUUGCUUGAAGAGUUUACUAGGUUUUUGCCAGCGUCUUUGCCCUCUCAUUCAGCAGCUCAGUAUAGCCGGAGUCAGGCCCAACGGUACAAUGAGCGAGGAUCAGGCCCUCCCCUGAUUCGUCAAAUGCAAGUUGAGAAGGAACGCCUACGAGAAAGAGUUGUUGCUUCUCGUAGCGGUUAUACUGUUGAUCGUUAUGACGUUAAUGAUGAUAAAACGAUGGUGAAGAUGCAAAGAGAGCAGGGAAAGCGUGUUGACAAGGAGAACAGAGAAAGGAGGGGCCGCGGUUUGGACAUUAAAGAAGCUGAGCAAGAUAAGCUACACCGUUCUUCAGAGAAAAGGAAGUUAUCCAGAAGAGCGGAAGGUGCUGAAGCAUAUUUGGGGUCUGCUUUGCAGUCUGAGAAAGACAAUUUGAAAAGCAUGUACAACCAAGCAUUUGUUUUCUGUGAGAAAGUUAAGGAGAGUUUAUGCAGCCAGGAUGAUUAUCAGCAAUUCUUGAAGUGCCUCAAUAUGUUUAGUAAUGGAAUUACCCAAAAGAAGGAUCUGCAGAAAAUGGUUUCUAAACUUUUUGGGAAAAUCCCUGAUCUCAUGGAUGAGUUCAAUCAGUUCUUUGAGCGUUGUGAGAGUAUUGAUGGAUUUCAGCACAUUGCUGGUGUUAUGAGCAAAAAAUCAUUUAGCAGCGAAGAACAAGUAUCUAGCUCAAUAAAGGUGGAAGAACAAGAAAAAGAACAUAAGCCUGACCUCGACGCUGUUCAGGAAACAGAGCAAUGCAAGGAGGAGUACAGGGGAAAAUCUAUUCAAGAGCUCGAUCUAUCUGAUUGCGAGUGUUGCACUCCUAGCUACCGGCUCCUGCCUCCAGAUUAUCCAAUACCAACUGCGAGUCAGAAGUCGGAGCUAGGAGCUGAGGUUUUAAAUGAUCACUGGGUGUCUGUCACUUCAGGCAGUGAAGAUUACUCUUUUAAGCACAUGCGAAGAAACCAAUAUGAGGAGAGCUUGUUCAGAUGCGAAGAUGAUAGAUUUGAGUUGGACAUGCUGUUGGAAUCUGUGAGCUCUGCAGCGAGAAGUGCAGAAAAUUUGUUGAACAUCAUCACAGAGAAGAAAUUAAGUUUUUCUGGCUCCUUCAGGAUCGAAGACCAAUUCACGGCCCUGAAUUUAAGGUGUAUUGAGCGACUCUAUGGCGACCAUGGUCUUGACGUGAUAGACAUAUUACAUAAGAAUCCAGCCACUGCACUUCCUGUAAUUUUAACUCGUUUGAAGCAGAAACAAGACGAAUGGAAGAAAUGCCGUGAAGAUUUUGAUAAGGUCUGGGCAAACGUAUAUGCGAAAAACCAUCACAGAUCACUUGAUCACCGCAGCUUCUAUUUCAAGCAACAAGAUUCAAAGCACUUGAAUGCAAAAUCAUUGGUGGCUGAAAUUAAGGAGCUGAAAGAGAAGUCUCUUAAUGAGGAGGAUGUACUGCUGUCUAUUUCUGCUGGUUACAGAAAACCCUUAAAUCCUAGUCUUGAGUAUGAGUAUUUAGACGGAGCUGUUCAUGAAGACAUGUAUAAACUAGUCUGGUUUUCAUGCGAGGAGUUAUGUUCUACAAAAGAACAGCUCAGUAAAGUUCUAAGGCUUUGGGAAAAUUUCCUUGAGGCAGUGCUGGGCGUUCCUCCCAGGGCCAAGGCCACAGAUCGUGUUGAAGAUGAUGUUACAAAACCCAAGACUCUCGAUGAGAAUCACAUUGCAUCUACUAGCGAGGAGGCUAAUGUGAGUUCGGGAGCAGACACAGCAAUGUUGGCUUCCAAGAAAUUUAAAUCUACUGCCACCGGAGAUGAGAAUGCUUCAUUUGGGGGUGGUUUGUUAAAUAAGGACUCGACAAGGAAUGAAAAUCUUAAAGAUGCUGAUACAGCCAACAGAGAUGGUGUUACCUGUUCUGCUGUGAAACCCCAGAAAGAACAAAAGACUGGAAAUAGAGCCGAGAGAAGUUUUGAAAUGCCUAUCCCAAUGGAUAUUAGCGAAAUAGUAGCCACCUCGAGUUUAUCAAUUCCAUGUAGGGGAGAGAACAAUCAUGUUAUAGUAGGAAAGGAAGACUUGGCAGGUUCACAUGAGAUCAAAGCCAAACCAAGCAACACUCUCAGUGAUAUUCAUCAUGGUGUAGAUAGCAUUGAAACUGCUCCUUCGACUCAGGGAGGUGAUGAUGGCAAAACGAUAGUUUUUGCAAAGGCAAUAAGGUCAUAUUCUUCUAAAGACAAUAAGAAUUCUGAUGAACCCGAAGGUCCGUCCACAACUGAGAAGGAGGAAGGUGAAUUGUCACCUCAUGGUGAUUUCGAAGACAACUUUGGUGUUUAUGAAGAUGCGAUGCAAUCCACAUCCAAACCAGAAAAUUCAGCAGAUGUUAAAGUAGCGAAUGUGGAUGAUGCUGACGAUGGUGAUAGUGAAAAUGCUUCAGAGGGUGGUGAGGAUGCAUCUGGAACCGAAUCUGGUGGUGACGAAUGUUCACAGGAGGAGAACAGAGAGGAGGAAGAUGGUGAGCACGAUGAGAUUGAUGGUAAAGCUGAGAGUGAAGGAGAAGCGGAGGGAUUGGAUUCACAUAUAUUAGAAGGGGACAGUGAGUUACUUCCGCAGUCAGAACGUAUUCCCGUCAGACCUCUUUCAAAGCAUGUAGCAACGGUUUUACGCGGCGAGAGGACAAAAAAUUCUCGAGUUUUCUAUGGGAAUGACGACUUUUAUAUUCUUUUUAGGCUUCACCAAAUCUUGUACGAGAGAAUUUUGUCUGCAAAAAGGAAUUGCUCAGGCGGUGAACUGAAACUGGAAAACUGCAAAAAAGAUACCAAUUCCCUUGAUCCUUUUGCAAGGUUUAUGAGGGUUUUGUAUGGUUUGCUUGAUGGAUCAGUUGAAAAUACCAAGUUUGAGGAUGAGUGCAGAGCUAUUAUCGGAAAUCAAUCAUAUGGGUUAUUCACGUUGGACAAAUUGAUAUACAAAUUGGUUAAACAGCUUCAAGCUAUUGUAGCUGAUGACACGGACAACAAGCUGCUGCAGCUGUACGAGUAUGAGAAUUCCCGGAAACCCGGAAGGGUUAUUGACUCGGUGUAUUAUGAUAAUACCAGGAUCCUCCUUCACGAGGAACAUGUUUACCGGUUGGAAUUUUCAUCCUCGCCAUCUCGUUUAUCUAUCCAGCUUAUGGAUGACAUAAUUGAGAAGCCAGAAGCUUGUGCAGUUUCUAUGGAUCCCACGUUUGCAAGUUAUUUGCAAACUGAAUUUCUUUCCACCUCAUCAGGCAAAAAAGAUGAUGGACAUGACAUUGUGUUGCAAAGGAACCUGCGUCCGUACACCGGCUUGGAUGAUCUUGCAGCACUCUGUAAAGCCAUGGAAGGUGUCGAAGUCGUAAAUGGCUUGGAGUGCAAAAUGUCUUGCUCUUCUUACAAGGUCUCGUACGUCUUGGACACAGAGGAUUUCUUCCACAGGAAGAAAAAGAAAAAGAAGACCCAACACUUACCGCAGUUUAACAAAGAUAGAGUAGAAAGGUUCCAUAGGUUUCUCUCAUCCUCAAGAUAA